UACCCGUACGCCGGGGCCUGAGCUACAGGUUCCAUGGAGUCAGACGAAGAGCCGAAGUUUAAACCCGCCGGGUUGGGACCAGCCGUGUCCACCGACCCACCCAAGACCGGAGAAGCGGCGGUGACUCCCGCUGCUCCCUCGGGAAAAGCAGAGGUCGCUGUGGAGCAGGCGGUACCCAAGGCAGUGGCGGGCGUAGGGAGCCAGGCGUCCGGAGAGAGCGCUGAGAAAGGCUCGGAGCGCCAAGAAGGCGCAGAGGAGGAGGAGGACGAGGACGGAGACGGUAGCCAACAGGCAAAGAAGCCGCGGAUCGAGCCACCGAGAGACAAAAAGGACAAGAAGCAGAAAGUGGACGAAGAUGAAAUACAGAAGAUGCAGAUCCUGGUUUCAUCAUUUUCGGAGGAACAGUUAAAUCGCUAUGAAAUGUAUCGCCGUUCUGCUUUUCCCAAAGCUGCCAUAAAAAGGCUGAUUCAGUCAAUCACUGGGUGCUCUGUAUCUCAGAAUGUAGUGAUUGCCAUGUCAGGCAUUUCAAAAGUCUUUGUGGGUGAAGUAAUGGAAGAGGCCCUGGACGUUUGUGAUAAAUGGGGAGAAACACCACCAUUGCAGCCAAAGCACAUGCGAGAAGCAGUACGACGACUUAAAUUACGUGGACAAAUCCCAAACACAAAGUACAAGAAAGUUUCAUUUUAUUAAUAGACCAGCACAAGUGAUUGUUUAGACUUUGAACCAAAACUUGAUUGUACAUCAAUGACUUUUAUAUUUCCAUGACGUGCUUCCUGAAUAGUUUUAUCUCCAUCCGGGCUGCUUCACUUAAAGUUGUGGAACUCCUAACAGCUUGGAUUAUUUUGAAAAGCCCAUUUGUCCCAAUUGAAAAAUAUCAUAAUCUUGCAGAGUACAGAUACUCUUGAGUAAAUUAAUCUUGAAAAUAUGAGAAUUCCAUUUUGUAAAUAUCCAGUUUUACUGGUUUAUCUAAAACACUUAUGGUGGAAACUUUAUUGUGGGUGUUUUACUCCAAUCUAGUAUAGAGUGUUGGGACACUGAGAUGCAAAAGCAGAUUGGUUGGAGGUGUUAUUACCAGACUAUUUAGUUUUCUGCUCAGGAAGUGGAUGGCUGAAAAAUUGUCAAUAAUCUAUAUGUGAAUGUAAAUAACCUGUUCAGAUGAGCAAUUAGAGCAUUUUAAUACACUUGAAGAAUGUACCUCAGCAGUCAAUAAUAAUGGAAGGCAGCAAUGACAAGUCAAAUAAUUUGUUUAAUCUGCUAGUUGAAUGUCAUUGUUCAGAAUAAUGUGAUCAUUUAGAGGUUCUCCUUAAAAUAUAGAAAGGACAAUUAAGUUGUUAAUGCAAAAAUUGUCUGAUUUGUCAACAAAGUGCGAGGAGUUAAAUUGGACCCACUGCUACACAUCCACUUUAGGGGCUGGAUGUGGAGGGGUCAUCUCAGUCAGCCACCACAUAGUGAUCCAAUGAUUUGGUCCAUCCAGCAAAUGUAAUUCCCUAACAUAAUGCUGAGGAACCAACCGGGAGGGGACCCUAUUGGUUGAACUCCAACUGGAGUACUUUGGAGGGAUAGGUGAAUUUGGCUUUGAGGCUGUAGAUUAAUCACUCCUCAAGUAGCUGUACACAGCAGUCCAAGAAUUGCUGCUGUUGAAAUAGCAGAACACUGGCUGCCUAUUUGGAACUACUGCCAAAAAAAAUCUGGCCUCUCCCUCCUCCUAUAAAUUGAGUGUUAAAUAGAGGAAGUCAUAAUUUGUUUUGAAUAAUCUUUCUCACCCUUCCCCAACCCAAUGUAUCUAAAUAAAGAUGAAUUUCUCAAACUG